CAAUUACUACCGUGUCUCCCGCCCUCUUUACAGCCAAUGCCUCAAUUUCCCUCCAUUUCCAAACAACCCCCCAAUGUGCCCAUUUCCGCUCCCUACAAUUCCACCCUCUUCCCCAAUUCCUUAUUCCCAUAAUCCCAUUUACUCUAUUCCCAACCCUUUUCACACUAUUGGCUACUCCCAAAUAACAAACUCCCCCUUCCAAAUGUGACAUUUAUUUACCCAAGUCCUUCGUCUCCGAUCUCAUCGUCAACGUGAACGUCCCCUCUCCCCCUCCUUAUUUUAGGAGGUAGUAACCUCACACAAUGUAGAGCUCUCUCUCUCUCUCUCUCUUUUUCUCUCUCUCUCUCACUCCAUUAUAGGGUAAUGGGUGGUAUCACACUCCUACUCCUAUGGCUUCUUCUCCCGGUGGGAGUGAUGAGGUGUGCUCUCUCCGCAGAUCGAGAGAGCGACCGCGUCGCGGAGCUCCUGGGGCAACCGGCGAACGUGGGCUUCGCGCAGUACGCGGGCUACGUCGCCGUCGACGCCGCCCACGGCCGCGCCCUCUUCUACUGGCUCGUCGAGGCGGCGGCGGCGGCGGCGGAGGCGGAGGAGGAGGAGGGGAUGGGGAGCUACAAGUAUUGCAUGUGCUUCACGCGCAAGUUCCGGUGGAGCGAGACGCAGCCGCCGCCGGAGGUGAGGGCGGCGUUCGCGGCCUACGCCGAAGGCGGCGCCGCCAUGAGCGCCGCCCAACUGCGGCGGUUCCUCGGGGAGGUGCAGGGCGAGGGCGCCGGCGCCGGCGCCGGCGCCGGCGAUGCAGACGCUGAGUGGAUCGUCCGAAGGGUGUGCGGACGCGCUCACCUCGCCAAGCCCCUGAUGACGCUCGAGGACUUCUACGCGUACCUCUUCUCCGACAAGCUCAACCCCCCGAUCCGAUCCCAGGUUCACCAGGACAUGAAUGCGCCGCUAUCCCACUAUUUCAUAUACACAGGCCAUAAUUCAUAUCUAACCGGAAACCAGCUAAGUAGCGAGUGCAGCAAUGUCCCUAUUAUAAAAGCAUUGCAGAGAGGUGUGAGAGUGAUUGAACUGGAUAUGUGGCCAAACUCUACCAAAGAUAAUGUUGAUAUUCUUCAUGGGAGGACGCUAACUACUCCAGUCGAAAUUAUAAAAUGUUUGAGGUCCAUUAAAGAAUAUGCAUUUUGUGCAUCUCCUUAUCCUGUCAUUAUAACCCUUGAGGAUCACCUCACACCAGCUCUCCAAGCAAAAGUAGCAGAGAUGAUCGCUCAAACAUUUGGAGACAUGCUUUACUGCCCCCAGACGCAAUCUAUGAAGGAGUUUCCUUCUCCAGAAGCUUUGAAAUAUAGGAUAAUUAUCUCAACAAAACCACCAAAGGAGUUCCUUGAGUCCAAAGCUUAUAAGAGUGAUGAUCGGAAAGAAAAUAAUUCGUCUGACGAAGAAGAUUGGGGAAAGGAGAUUGCAUAUCGCGCAAUUGCUGAGAAUGAGGAAGAUAGCCUGAAUCACGAGCAGGAUGAAGAAGACUCUGGUGAUGAUGAUAGUAGCCACAAUAUAAGGCAGAAUUCUGAAUAUAGACGCUUAAUUACAAUUCAGGCAGGGAAACCUAAAGGCCGUUUGAGGGAUUCAUUAAAGGUUGAUCCCGACAGAGUUAAACGUCUUAGCUUGAGUGAGCAAAAGCUAGAAAAGGCAGCAGCAUCCCACAGUGCUGAUCUAGUAAGGUUCACUCAGAAGAAUAUUCUCAGGGUAUACCCAAAAGGUACACGGGUUACUUCAUCCAAUUACAGACCAUUAGUUGCCUGGAUGCAUGGUGCGCAAAUGGUUGCAUUCAACAUGCAGGGGUAUGGAAGGUCACUCUGGUUGAUGAAGGGUUUUUAUAAGGCUAAUGGAGGGUGCGGCUAUGUGAAGAAACCUGAUUUCUUGCUAACCUCUGGUCCAAAUGGCGAGGUCUUUGAUCCAAAAGCAACCAUGCCUGUAAAGACAACUUUAAAGGUUAAGGUAUACAUGGGAGACGGAUGGCGCACGGAUUUUAGUCAGACGCACUUCGAUACCUACUCCCCUCCAGAUUUUUAUACAAGGGUAGGUAUCGCCGGAGUGCCCGCCGAUACCAGGAGGAACAAAACGAGGAUUAUAGAAGACGAGUGGGUGCCAGUGUGGAAUGACGAAUUUCGCUUUCCGUUAACUGUCCCUGAAUUGGCUUUACUGUGGAUUGAAGUCCGCGAAUAUGACAUGUCGGAGAAGGACGACUUUGGCGGGCAGACCUGCCUACCAGUCUUGGAGCUCCGACCAGGGAUCCGUGCCGUGCCUCUCUACGACCGCAAGGGGAGAAAGUACAAAUCCGUAAGGCUUCUCAUGCGCUUUGAGUUUGUUCCACACUGAUGCUGGAAGUUUGUUGUUCUCUUUGCGUCGUAGCAGUGCUUGAUUUGCUGUAGUACCUGGAGUGAUAAGAUGUAUAUGUAAAUUUACGUGUAUAUCCCUGCCGAUUCGCCUCUUCAUGUACAAACCCCUGUAAAUCUGAAUUUUCAUAUACACCCUUCAAAAACUUAGUUUUUAUGCAUGUAAUUAGGUGGCCAGAGAGAAAUACAGGUGUUUGUUAUACUUGUUCAAAUAAAAAAACUUAGGCAUCUUUCUGUAAGAAACUACAGUUAAAUACCAUUGUAUAUGAGU